AUGGCGGUACCCGAGUGCAUUCAUCACAGCCUCCCACCAUCAACCAUCUUCGUCCUCGCCCUCGCUUUCACCUUACCCGCACCAUUGUCAGACUACUUCCUCCUCUUCCCCUUAACGUUAUUCAGCAACUACUUCGCUCGGAAUGCCCUGCCAACCACAAACUCGUCUGCCUUCAUACAGGACUGUCGCCUGACUGACCACUGGACUAGCUCCGACCUCACCUCCACAAAACCUCACCCAAAGACGAACACCACCAGACCAAGAUACAUAACGUCCUCUGACGAAAACGAAUAUGCAGCCAAGGACUUGGCACAACCCUGGAAAGCAUCGUGCCCUGUGAAGCAAGAAGCGUCCCCAAUCGAGCGUGACGAUAACGAUAUUGCUGCCAGGGCCAACAUCGAUCGGCACACCCAUCACAAGACAAACACCUCCCUCCACCACCAACAAGUCCCACAAGGGGCGAGUCACCGCCAUGCAAUUGAAGCACAAGGUGCAGACUGCGAGAACAUACUGCAAGCCGUUUCUCCUUGA